CUCUCUGCAGGAAGUUAGUUCUCACUGAGCAUGCUCAGUUCCACCGUUGCAUGUGUGUCUGCCUGUUAAUGUUUAACUCAAGAGUUUGUGCUCAGAGUUUAGUCCUCGAGGAGCCUCAGACUCGUGCGCAAUGAGUUCAGCAGCGGGCGGCUCGUCUCUGCAGGUCCACGCGGUCCGGUUCGGCCCGGGUCAGGAGCUGCUGGGAUCUCUGCAGGCGUUCGUGGAGGAGAGGCGCCUCCGAGCGCCGUUCAUCAUCACCUGCGUGGGCAGCGUCACCAAGGCAACGCUCCGGCUGGCCAACGCCACGGCAGCAAAUACAAAUGAGGUGAUCCAGCUCAGCGGGCGGUUCGAGAUCGUCUCCCUGGUGGGCACUCUGAACCGGGACGCCCAUGUCCACAUCUGCCUGUCGGACGCCGAGGGCAAGACGGUCGGGGGUCACGUGCUGGGAGACCUGGAGGUGUUCACCACGGCCGAGGUGGUCGUCGGCGAGGCAGUCGGCCUGAGCUUCACCAGAGACAUGGACGAACAGACGGGCUUCCCCGAGCUCGUGGUUCAACCGAGAACAUCUGACAGCUGAAGGAAUAAAAACCAGAUCGACAAAGAUCACUCAUCCCGCUUGCCAUUUCCGGGUUAGCGCUCCACCAAUCAGAUUGGUCAUUGAGUCCGACUGACCGCCCUCCGACCCAGCAAGUCAGGUCGGCCAAAAUGAAGGCCAACGGCCCCUCCGACGGACGAUGGCACAGAACACACCAAACCGACUCCAGUCACCGACCUCACCAGACUGUCCCAUGGCCGAUUAUCAGGUUGGUGUGUCAGGGCCUUAAGGGGACACUGGAUUUUAUUUCAAGUCCGGUCAAGACCACAACUGACUUUUGAUUAUUUUAUCAAGGCAUUUCUCAUGAUACACUUGAGGCAAUA